AUGUCGACCGUCUACAAGCGCAGCGAGCGCGAGCGCGACUGGGAGACGCAGUCCCAGGGCGGCGGCGCCCGCAGCUACACGACAGUGCGCCGCUACAAGGUGCCCGACCACAGCCUCGAGGCCGACACGUACGAGCAGGAGCGCAUGCUCGUCCACCGGCCGCGCGAAGACUACGAGGAGCGGCGCGAGGUCCGCAAGGAGUACGUCGUGGAACGCAGCGACCCACCGCCCGCGCGCAGCCACAUCAGCGAGUACCGCUACGUCGACCGCUCGCCCUCGCCGCCGCGGCGCGAGGUCCGCGAGUACCGCAUCGAGCGUGAGAUGGACCGCUCGCCCUCGCCCGCCCGGUCCAGCGCACGUGAGAUACGCAUAUCCCGCGAGUACGAGCGCGACCUCCACGAGCAGCAGCGCGACUACCAGCCGUACGAGCUGGAGCGCUACUCGCGCGACACCGAGUUCUUCCGCCCCGAGCCGGCCGCCGCGCCCCAGCCGCAGCCCAUCAUCAUCCGCAACGAGGCCCAGCCGGCGCAGCAGCCCAUCAUCAUCCGCGAGGAAGUCCCGCAGCCCAUCAUCAUCCGCGAGCGCAUCCAGGAGCCCGCCUACGACCUCGUCGAGCGGUCGGAAGUGUACGAGGACAGACAGCUUGCCCGCCCGCGGCCCCGCCUCGACGACGAGUACUACUACGAGCGCAGGAUCAAGGAGGUCGAUCGGGGCGGCCGGCGGGAGGAGCGCUACUUUGACGAGCGCGAGCACCGCGACCGCCACGGCGACGGCGACUACUACAGCGACGACGACGUCGUGUACGUGCACAAGGAGAGGGACACAUGGGACCGAGACGGGAGUCCGAACGGCAAGCGCAGCGCUGCUGCCGGAGCCCUCGCCGGCGUCGCCGCCGGCCAGAUCAUCAGACACCACCGCAAGAGAAAGGGCGAGGAAGCCGGCGGCAACAUUGGCAACGCCCUGGGCUACGGAGCGCUGGGUGCUGCGAGCGCCGUGGCGCUCGACCGCUAUAACAACCGCGACAGGUCCCGCUCGCUCUCCUCGGGCCGUGGUCGGCACCGGAGGCACCGGAGCAAGAGCCGCAACCGCAGCAAGUCGCGCGUGAGGGAAGUCGGCACGCUUGCUGCCCUUGCUGGUGUUGGUCUUGCUGCUUACGCCGUAGGGAAGCGGAACAAGGAGAAGAACGCCCCCGUGACCACCGUCGUCGAAGAGCACCGGAGUAGGUCCCGCAGACGGAGGGGCGCCUCGCGCCAUGGACGAAGCAGGUCGCGGUCUGUGACUGUCAUCGAGGACAAGGGCCGUGGCAGGUCUCGCAGCACGAGUAAGCACAUGGACCCUGAGCACCGCAGCAAGCGCGCCGCCUCAGUCGGCCUCGCCAGCGCCGCGGUGGCCGGCCUCGUCCAACGCAACCGCAGCAAGUCUCGGAAGCGCAAGGGAAAGCGGUCGCCGAGCCGCGUCCGCCAGGGCGUGCCCAUUGCCGCCGCCGGCGUUGCCGGCGCCGCUGUCACGGGACUGUACGAGAAACACAAGGCUAAGAAGGAAGCCAGGGCGCUCUCGCGGUCCAAGUCGAGGUCGCGCUCGAGAUCAAGGUCGGUGCUCUCCCGCCAUACUGGGCGCAGCUCCAGUAGGCCUAGAAGCGCAAAGAGUGACCCUGUGCUAGUAGAGUACGGUGGUGAUCCAAUCUAUACCGACCGCGAACGAAGCCGAUCCCGCGGCGCGCGCAGACGCCGACGCGAUCGAUCCUCUUCCUCCUCGAACGGCCGCCGCGGCAGCAGAAGCCCGAGUCGGAGCAAGAGUCGUGUGCGGUCGGUAGCAGAGACGGCGGCGGUCGCUAGCGUGGCUGGACUUGCGGCUCACGAGGCAGCGAAGCGACGUGACCGCAAGAAGGCCGAGAAGGAGCGAGGCCGACGACGCGACGAUGAAUCCGCCCACAGUCAAGACAGCCACAGCCCUGGACGCUACAGCCCCGAUCGAUACAGCCCGGGCGAGGCGACUGCUCGCCCCAACGACUCCCAGUACUUCCCGUCGACCAACUACUUCCCUCCCCCACCGACGGCGCCCGUAGACGCCAAUCUUCCCAACGCCCCCUACCCAGCAUACAACCCCGCCGACUACCCGUCACACAACGACUACGCGCCACAAAACGACUAUGCGCCACGCAACGACUACCCGCCACGCAACGACUACCCGCCACAAAACGACUACCCGCCACGCAACGACUAUGGCCCGCCACCGCCCGGCGGCGGCUACAUUCACAACGACAUGAACCCCGGCAAUCCGUACGCGCGUCAAGAGCAGAACCACUACUACCAGGCCCGUCGCGGAGACGAGAAUGUGAGUGCUCCCGCCCCCGUGACCUCCGGCGCCGAGCACGUCCCUCCCGUGUCAACGCGUGGUCUAAACAAGCGCCGCGCCGCGUCGCCGGCGGUCGCGCCCAGCCCCCUCGGCUCGCGCGAGAAGGAAGUCAAGUUUGACCUCAACCCGCAGGAGCAGGAGGUCUCGCCCAGUCCUCUGCGCGCGCGCCGCGACGACCGAGACGGCGACGGCAAACGCCACCGUCGCGCUGCGUCGCCGGGGUCGGACACUGAUUCCACCAUUGAGCUUCCGCCGCGAUUUGACGACAAGGGCCGCAGAAGGGACGAUGCCUACGAUCCGGCUGCGGAGAGACUGGAGAAGGUGUUGCUGAGUUUGUUCCGGUAG